AAAGUGAGACAUUGCAAAAAUAAAAUAAAUAAAACUGAAUUAGCAUGUCUCUAAGGAAAGGAGUCCUGAAGCAAGUCAAAACAGCACGACCAAAGCUAUCAAAAGAAAUGUCCCAAUCUUUUACCUCAGGUAAACUGAGUUCGAGAAAUGGAACAAAGAAAGCUCAUAAAGCAAAGAAACAUAAGGUUUCGGAUUAUCCUAACAAGGCAUCAAUGACUUCCAGGAAGCAGUUUCAAAGGGCCAAAAAGAACUUUGACCAAGGUCAAGCAGAUGAAAGAACUAGAAGAAAGUACCAAGAAUUUGAGAAAAUUAAGUUACGGCAUAUUGAAGGCCAACAGAAACCUAAGCAUCACCAUUCCAUGUCUGAGGGCUUUAACAAAAUAAAAUCUGGAGUUAACAGUAUAUAUAAUAAUGGGCAUACAUUGGACAAGCAUUCAGCUAGGAAAGAGAAAAACAAAAGAGUUUUGGAGCCACAUGAGGUUCCAGCAAUUAAAAUCAAUAAUUAUGAUGAGAUUGAAGGAAUAAAAAGCAGGAAAUCAAAAAUUUAAAACUCAUAAAAGAAAACUAUACGCUAAAUAUCUUAAUUUUGGAGUUCCAGGAAUCGACCCCUGAGCCAAACCCAUCGACGAGCCCAGACAAGGAAAAGGUAUGUUCAAGGACAGGUAUAAGAACCAGUCCUUCAUUGCCUGCCUCCCUACCAGAACAUCAGAGAUGAAGCCGCCUGCUCCAGAGCCCAGGCCUCGAGCUGGAAAAAGAUACUUCGAGGUGAACGACAACUUGUUGGGCCACAUGACAGUCAACGAGAAGGAAGGCUACAUGCAGAGCAGAAGUGUCCACAACUACGGGAACGAUCACACAUUUGACUUUGAGCACAGUGAGAAGAUGAUAGAGGAGUUUAAGAGAGACAAAAACACAAGGAAUCCAGCCCCUGGGUUCUCCAAAACAUUUUCUAACUUUAAAGAGUUUGGAUGGUUUGAUUCCUACAUACCCAAAAGAUGCAAAGUGAGAGAUUCUAGUCCAGGAAUGAAAUAUUAUGGACUCCCUUCUGGAUACUCACUUCUCAACAGAACAGUAAACAAAGAUUUUGAAUUAUCUCAAGACUUCUCUAGGAAAAGAAGAAGACCUUCAGAGAUACAGGAGCAGUCUCUAUCAUCAAUAUUCUAGUCCGUGGUAAGGAGAUUCGCUUGAAAAUAUUCAAUAAAAAUAA